AUGCAUCGAUUGGCUCUGAGAGCAAGCAGGUCUAGGAAACCUUGCAUACCCCGUCUCACCCCUAGGAGUUUUGCAACUGUUCGGCAGCCAGAGAACAAGGAUCCCGUCGAGUUGGACCAGAUAACGACCCUUAGCAAUGGUCUACGCGUCGCUACCGAGUCCCUUCCUGGCCCCUUUGCCGGUGUUGGUGUCUACAUUGACGCGGGAUCGAGAUACGAAAACAAUGAACUCCGCGGUGUAAGCCAUAUUGUCGAUAGACUCGCAUUCAAAUCAACAUCGAAACGCAACGCAGACCAAAUGCUUGAAUCGUUAGAGAGCCUCGGUGGAAACAUACAAUGCGCUUCGUCACGAGAGUCCCUCAUGUAUCAAUCCGCCAGCUUCAAUUCGACUGUCCCUACAACCCUUGGCCUAUUAGCAGAGACCAUCCGAGACCCCCUAAUCACAGAAGAAGAGGUUGCUCAGCAAUUGGCGGUUGCAGAGUAUGAAAUCACAGAGCUUUGGGCAAAGCCGGAGAUGAUUUUGCCGGAACUGGUGAAUAUGGCUGCUUAUAAGGAUAAUACACUGGGAAACCCUUUACUUUGCCCACGGGAGAGGCUAGACCAGAUCACCAAGGCGACCGUGGACAAAUACAGGGCCGCGUUCUUCAACCCGAAUAAAAUGGUGGUUGCAUUUGCCGGCGUCUCACACACUGACGCUGUGAGAAUGACAGAGCAGUACUUUGGGGACAUGAAGAAUCAGAAGUCUCCUCUUCUGGCUCAAGUCGGGUCAGAGACAGCGCCUAUACAGGGAGAAGCGGAGGUACCGACAUUCCCAGCCUUCUCACCAUCUUCCACAACCCCCACCGAGUCUCCGGAUUCCUCAAUGCCACAUUCCCAUUCAUCAACUCCUCCUUCCUCUCCCUCUUCUCCAGGCCUCCUCUCCAGAGUACCAUUCUUCAAAAACCUAUCGACCUCCGCCGCAAACCAAGCAACCGUAUCCCCGCUUAAUCCAUCUAUUCUCCAGACCGACUUGAUCGACGUUAGCAAGCCUUCAUAUUACACCGGAGGCUUCAUGUCUCUCCCUCGCAUUCCUCCUCCAGCAAACCCAGCCAUGCCACGCCUCAGCCAUAUUCAUCUCGCGUUCGAAGCUCUCCCCAUAUCUUCUCCGGAUAUAUACGCUCUAGCAACCCUUCAAACCCUUCUUGGUGGCGGUGGAUCAUUCUCGGCCGGUGGUCCCGGAAAAGGAAUGUACUCAAGGCUUUACACCAAUGUUCUGAAUCAACAUGGUUGGGUAGAAAGCUGCAUGGCCUUCAAUCUCAGCUAUACCGAUAGUGGCCUGUUCGGAAUAUCGGCGUCCUGCGUCCCUAAUAGCAUAGCCAACAUGCUAGAAGUGAUGUGCCGUGAACUUCAGGCCCUGACACUUGACUCUGGUUAUUCUGGCUUACAAAUACAAGAAGUCAACCGUGCUAAAAAUCAGCUCCGCUCAUCGUUGUUGAUGAACUUGGAAUCGCGCAUGGUCGAACUUGAAGAUCUGGGCCGACAAGUCCAAGUCCACGGACGCAAGAUUGGGGUCCAAGAGAUGUGCAAGCAAAUCGAAGCCCUCACAGUUGAUGACUUACGACGUGUUGCUAAGCAAGUGUUCGGUGGCUUGGUACAAAACCGCGGCCAAGGCACCGGUAGACCUACUGUUGUCAUUCAAGAAGGUGAAAUGGAAGGCACUAAACUUGCGCCGUUGCAAUGGGCUGAAAUUCAGCAAAGAAUAGCCAAAUGGGGCCUAGGCCGCGCGUGA